CAAGUUCAUCCUCGACCAUGAAACCGCAAACAGUGUUGACGAUCUUGGUUCAAUUCGCUGCCGUGCUGGCGAGUAGCGUACCCGAACAGGAGUCUGUUCCUGGAAAGUUGCGCGAUCCUGCAUUCGUGCAGGGCACUCUGCGCCAGAGCCCAACUACACCAACAUACACGGAGAAAUCUUGUGAUUUGACAAAGUCUGCUGUCUGCGCUUCCUGUACCGUGAUCAAAGUCUGCAUCGCUGCGAUUGCUGUCUCAGCCAUGGUUACUGACAACACCAAUCCAAAGAAGGCCUGUCCGUCCGCCACUCCGUUCUGCAGCAUGUCUACGACGGUGACCGGCGCCGUUUGCCAGAAGACUCCGGACCCUGCUGAAGUGACUUGCGCACAGGCCAAGCCCGUCUUCACCUGCACCGGCAUCGGAUUCUACCCGGAUCCUUAUUCGUGCCAGGUGUACCACUACUGUACGGCGCAAGGUGCCACGCCGCAGGACUACGACUGCCCCGAAGGCUACAAGUUCAGCAGCAAAACCAGCGGUUGUGUGGCUCAGGCCGGAAAGUGUCCAACGGUGACCUGCCCAAGCGCUCCCGCCGCUACUUCUAUUUAUCUGCCGUAUCCAGAUGACACUCAGUUCUACGUGUACUGUACGUACGACACCACCGUUACUCCGACCAAAGUUACGCCCUUAGUGUUCUCCUGUGGACUGGGAUCCGCGUACAAUCCGAUGACCGACCAGUGUGAGUACAAAUGUACGAAGGAGGGUAAUUUCGUUGACACUGCCAACCCUCGACAGUACUACCAGUGUUAUCUGAUGGCCGGAAAGCUCGUUUACAAAGACAAAAUUUGCAAGGCAGAUGAAAAGUUUAGUAUGCCCGACAACGCGUGCAUCAAGGCGUAACUCAAACUUGAUUUUGUUACCACUUUUAAUAUUCAAUAAAAUACAAGUAAGUUAG